AUGCCGUCUUUAUCUAUCCUCAAGCGCUCCGGCCGCGAUGCACCGCCGUGGUCGCUACGAUCAUGGAACAAUCCAAGCGAUAACAUCAUCGAGACACCCGAAGCAACGACAACAAGAGAGGAAAUCAUGCCGGUAUCAUCAAGGAGUUGUGCCGGGUCGCCCACUGCCGACAACAUAUUUGGCAGCAACAGUCGUAGCUAUGAAAAUAACGGCACCGAUUUGCAGGGCGUGUCCAUACCAGGGCCCAUGACAACGACAAUAUCACCUUUUUCACCAACGAACAAAGACCGCCGUGAUUCCAAGCGCGACCUCUUGCACGGCCUCAUCAGUCGGUCCAUUCGCGGUGCUGGCCGCGCGUUGUCGACGUCCAGCCCGCCGUCUCCGCCCUCAUCGCAGUCUGCUUCAACAACAUCGCUGUCUCCAUUGUCGUCGUCCGUAGGAUUCCCCACGUCGACGACAGCCACGGCAUCCACUGCGCCCUCUCUAUUUGCAUCUCCGCCGCAGACGUCAUCGCCGUCGUCGUUUCACGCACGAAAGCCAAGAACGGCUGUGCCGGCUCCACAAAAGCUGUUUCGCCCACGGCCGCGCCAGUCAUCAGCUGCACCUGCGUAUUCGGGUGCAUCGGCAUCUAGCAAGACGGUAAGAGCCUUUUUUGUGCCACCUUUUUUUAACUCGUUCCGUAUUUCGCUUCUCGUUCGCUCGCGUUUCUUCGUUCCUUCCCUCCAAGCACGGGCCCGCCCGCCUGCCACCGUCACUAGGCUUGUCUACCAAGAAGGCAAGAAAGUUUUUGUCGUCGCAGGUGACACUUUCCCAAUUAGUGCAUAUUGGUGUUUUCUCAUCAGCACAGCAAAAGGCAGGAGCCUCUCAACUGUCUGCUCCGUUCCUUCAAAUUUUGCUGGCGCAUGGCCUACUGGCACCAGCAGGAAAGAAGAAAGAGGCAAGAAGCAGUGGCGAAUGGGCUGGUUCCUGUUCCUGGCCGCGUGA